UCUCUCUCCUCCCUGUAUGUGACGCUGUAUGCCCACCCACUCCUAAAGGGAGGGAGAGAGAGAGAGAUGCACAGAGAGCCAGUCUGUUUUCAGCUCCCAGUUCACUGUAGCUGCUCUGCCAGACUCAUCCAUCCAUCCACCAUCACACACUCUCACACACAUUCCCUCUCACUAUACGACAGCUGACAACACCUUCUCAUUUCCUCAGCAGUACCACCGCCACAGACUCACACAGCCAGUAACAAGAGAAGAGGAAGACUCGAUUUUUGCACUGCAGACAACACCAGCUCUGAGGAGGCUGGGUCGAAGGCUGGAGAGGGUGACUGGAGAAUGGAAUGGAACCUCAGAAGGAUGGAAAGUGAACUGAGGCACAUCAACCCGGACCUGCUGCAGCCCAGCAAGAGCUUCAAGAAGCCCUCAUCAGGCACCAUCACCAUCAACGUAGGAGGGUUCCUGUACACCGCCCACCGGAUGACCCUUUCCAAGCAACAGGGUUCCUUUCUGGAAGAGCUGGCCAACGGGAAGAAGCCGGUUCAGCACACUGAUUCCAUGGGCAACCCGUUCAUCGAUAGAGAUGGUCCGGUUUUUCGCCAUGUGCUCAACUACCUCCGAACCGGAGAGCUUCAGCUGCCCGACGACUUCCGGGAGGCAGGGCUCCUGCGUCGGGAGGCCGAUUUUUACCGCCUGAGCGAACUGGUAGAAGCCGUGGUAGAGUGGGAAAGCCAGAGGGCCGCCCAGCGCGAGGCCGCCUUUUUGGAGGUGACGGAUAGCCACGAGAGGUCGCAGGGCCUCAAGGUGUACUGCAGCGAUCCCAUCUUCAUCGACAAAGUCAAAGCGCGGCUGGUGCAGAUCUCCAAAAGCCGCUUGGACGGCUUUCCAGAAGAAUUUGUGGUGUCGUCCAACGUGAUCCAGUUCCGACACUUCAUCAAGUCGGAGCCGGGCUCGCGGCUUGUGCUGAAGGAGGACAGCACAUUCCUGUGCACACUUGACUGUCUGAAACUAGAGACAGUGAUGCUCGCACUGAGAUCAGGCUUCAAGCUGGUCACAAGCCUCGACAGCAGCAAAGGCUCCGUGGUGGCAGCUGAGGCCCUUCACUUUGUCAAGUAGGAUGGAGGGAAACCGAAGGAAGAUAGGAGGAGGUGAAGGAGGAGGAGGAGGAGAGGGGAAGGCAGGACGGGAAAAGAGCAGUGCCUGAUUUCAUAUCCGCCCUGCUAAUGUAAGGAGAUCGUGUAAUAUGUGCUGAGUAAUGUGUCAUUUGGUGAAAGAAGGAGAACAGGUGGGUUGGACUGUCUCACAGUGUGUAUAGUGGCUUACAGAUAAAGGAUUUGAUGAGUUUCGGGUAAUAGUGGAUGAUUUGAAAACAAGUAUCAGCAGAAUUGCAUUUUGGCAUCAACCUUUACACUGCUUCGUGAGCUAGUAUUUAUAAAAUUCAGACCAACUUAGCAUUUAUGUCUAAAUUGCAUUGGAUUAGAUAUGAAGACGAGCCAACAGUAUUCUAUAGAAAACAUGAAGGAAUCAUAACAUUGCUUCUGCUGCUUCGUCUACGGCUGCAAAAGCCUUCAAAACCAGCCGUGAUGUGCACCGCUGUGCCAUUCAGCUUUUACUACAGUCUGUGUGUGUGUGUGUGUGUGUGUGUGUGUGUGUGUGUGUGCGGGCGCGUGUGUUGCUAUAUACUGUGUGUGCUGUGUUUACUUCGUGCUUCGACCUUUUCUUUAGUUUAUUAGCCACUCUGGAGCCUGGAGGGAAAACCACAGCGCAUUAAUUGUUGUUUUCUGAUGGACUACCAAGUUCGACAUCCCAAAACGGACUGAAGCAACAUAAAUAAAAAAAUAAAAAAACGUUUCUCAGAUUGUGUCGAGUUCAAGUGCAAAGACCUGUGAUUAUUGUAAGGGCUUUGAAUCUAGCAUGAUGCAUGUGCACUAAAUAAACUGUGUUUGUUAGUGCUGUGAUCCUCUGUGAAGUCAGUGCCACGACAAUGCCUAUUUACUUUUCAAUGUGGAUAUUUUACAAAUAAAAGUGACACUGAAA